AUGGACGUAUUUCAAAAUGAUCUGAUUAUCCGUCUUAAAAAUGGUAAAGAUAAGUACCUAAUUGCCGAGCAAGACAAAGAAUCCGUUACAAAAUGUCGAGAUGGUUUGACAAAAAAUGCACAAUGGACGGUCGAGGUGAACGAUCAUGAAUCGUUGUACUUGAAGAGUUGUUACGGAAAAUACCUUACGGCAUCAAACAUGCCUUCUAUUCCCGGAAUUGUUGCUAAAAAUCUUAGAGUCAUCCAAACCCUACCGGAAAAAAGGAACACUUCCCAUUUAUGGUUACCGGUGAAUCAAUCCGACUCCCGUGACCCGUUAACGUUGUCAUUAAAGACGCUUCACGGAACCUACUUGCAAGCAAACAGCGGUCCACCGCCGUUAGGGAACUUGAUCACACAUGAUCUUCUUCGAAAAGACGGACCUAAUCCCGUCAACAAAAAGAUCUUGUGGCAGAUUGAGGUUGUGGACGCACCCUCGGAUCAAUGGAAACAGUCGGAAUCAACGAUGUCGAAAAUGAUAGUUGGUGUGAAAUCGUUAAUGAAUGAAAUUCAUAAAGACAAGGAGAAGAACAAGAACUUGAAGGAUGAGAAAGGGACUACAAAGGGACUAAAUCCUUUACACGUAUUAUAG